AUGGCUUUCAUCCGCCCCUAUAGGGAGUCCGACUUUGAUGCGUGCGCUCAUAUUUGCCGCGCGACCCUCCCCCCUUCCCUCUCCACAUCGCCCAUAGCGGCCAAACUAUCCCCUUACCUGUGGACCCACCAGUACACCUUCCUCUCCCCCGACACCUGCUGGAUCCUGGACGACGGCCACGGCGCCGCCGUGGGCUACUGCAUCGGGUGUCCCGACGUAUUCGCGCUGGCAUCUUCGUACGACCGGUACGUCUCCAGCGUGCUGAGCCCCACGGUCGCGGCGCCGCCGGACCUGGAGACCCGCGAGCCCUGGACCAUCAUGGACGACUCCCUGCUGGGCCUGACGGCGCCAGGGGACCCGAGGGGCACCCAGCAGAAGGUCAAUGUGGUGGCCAUGGCGCAAACGGCCUACAACCCGCAGUGGCUCCUGUUUGAGGGUAAUGAGGACCUGACGGACAAGUGGAGGGCGACGAUGCAUAUCGAUCUGCUGGACGAGUGGCAGGGGAAAGGAUUCGGCCGAAAGCUGAUCGACAAGUUUGUGGAGAGCGUCAAUGGAAGUGGGCAGGACUACGGGCAAGGAAUCUGGAUUGGAAUUAGUGGAGAGAAUGGAAAGGUGAUCAAGUUCUACGAGAAGGUGGGGUUUCGAAUCGUUGAGAGGCCUGCCAGCGAAGGGGGAGGUGGAUUCAACAUGGUGAGAGACAUCACCAAGGCAGAAGGUGCAAGUUAG